CGGGGAGGACGACGCCAGACAGACAGGUGUGUGAGGAGCGUCUGCCGUCAUUCUGUGAACAUGGACGGAUGUGCAGAAUGAAGACGUCUGGAUGAGCAAACAGAUGGAUGGAUGGAGGAACAUGGUGGGACAAGCUUGGACAGAACUAACACCUUUCAAGAGAUUAAUGGAAUCUGUGUCACAUGAUCACACCUCCUCGGUUUCUGUGUGAGGCCAUGCUGUGCCAGUGGUAGUGACAGGAAGUCUGGACCAAUGAGUUCCCCAUCAAACCCAGCUCUGGUGGCAGACAGGGACAGCCUCCCUCUGAAGAAGAGGGACCAAAGACCGAGCUCCCCUCCACAGCAGCAGCAGCAGUGUGAUGAUACCACGUUCAAAGCCCCCUACCCUUACAAGAGCCAGAAUGAGUAUAAGACCAGACACAGCAGCCUGUUCCAGCCCAUUCCCAGAAGGGUUUCUUCACUGUACCAGCCCUGGAUGCAGACGCAGACCUCCAGCCGCUCCAAACCUCAUGUCCUGUCAGCGUUCAGGGAGCAUCACGGCUGGGCAGAGUGGAGAGACAUGACCCCUCUGCACCCUGGAUGGGAUUUAUCACACCACUAUCAGCUCAACACUCACUUAUCUGAACACCCAAGAGAAGCUGGCCACUACCCAAGCCAUCUACGGCAUCCGUCCAGAUUCAGUCCUGUUUCUAUAGAAACUGGGGGUUUCCAUAGGUUUGGUGCAGGUUAUAGCUGGGAGCAGCUGAAGACUUUAAGGGACAAGGGUUCGAGCACAGAGAGGGACAGCAACGGGAGGAGUAAAGCACCAUAUGUGAGGAGAAAGGACAGAAAAUCAGAGUAUUUGACCAGAGGUGAAAAAGCGAGCACAUGCCUACCUCACUCUGCAUUCGAUGACCUUACACUGCAGCAAAAUAUGUUCCACAAAGCAUCAAAGAUUCACAAUCAUUCGGUCUCAAAAGUUUGCCCUGGUGACAACUUAAAAAGCACAUACACCUCAAUGACAGAGGACUCAUUAAGACCAAGCCUUCUGCCCCCCACUGAACUCACCUGUGCAUCCUCCUCCUCAUCCUCCUCUUCAUCUCCUAGUCACUUUCCUUGGCUGCUCCCUCACUUCUUGGCAGGUUCUCUAAUCGAGCUCAGAGAUGGGCAGCUGAGGAGGGUGGAACAUCUGCAGACUGAGGACUUCCUGCUGGGGUCUCUGGCCUGUCCUGAUCUACGCCUGAGCUGCUGCACGGUGCAGAGCAUCUCCCCGUCAGCCUCCUCCGCCACCAUCUCCCGCCUCCUCAUCCUCCUACAUGACCAACAGUCCCAGGAGCUGGUGGACGUCUACGUGGAGUACCCGUUCUUUGUGCGAGAGCGGGGUUGGUCGUCCUGCAGCCCCCAGAGGACGGCCCGUCUCUGUGGCCUGAAGUGCCGCCAGCUGAGCGUCGGGGACGUCUGUCUGGCUCUCACCCCCGUCUCAGCCCCCACGCCUCGACCAUCAGCCAACCUGGAGCCAACAACCCCACCCGGAAGGUCAGAGGGAGGGUGUGAACCCCUGGAGGUAUCACAUCCACACACUGCCCUGUCCACCAAGUGCUCCUCAGGGCCACAGAGGCCAGCAGCGGGGCAGAGGAAGGAACCAGAAGGGGUCCGGAGGAGACACUAUUCAGCCCCCGAGCUGAGGAGGCCAGGCACAAACUGCACCUAGAGCUUUCAUGGACAGCUCUGCUAUAGUGAUAUAUAUAGAUAUUUACUGUACUUCUACCUCCUCUACAUUUUUGUGCUUGAUUGAUUGAUUUUUUAUGUGCAUUUAAAGAGUAACAGCUAAAGAUUAAGUCUCAGGAGGUAGAGCUCACAUCAGGAUAGGUCAGGGAUCACAUUCUGUACAAGCUGAAUCAGAGUUAGAUAUUAGUCUCCAUUUUCAAGUCUAUUAAACCGCACACAUGAACCAUGUAUAAGAACUCAGGCAAAUCAAUCCUUGUUUGUGAAAAAGGGCUGCUCCAGGCACAAUCAAUAUAACUAAAGACCUUAUAAACUCAAAAAUAUGGUUUAAGCUUUACCCUUAAAUUGAAUAUUAAUGUUUUUGCUCGCAGUUCUGACUAAAUCGGCCUACGUCUCCCUCAGGUCACCCACAGCUGAUAAUACCAUCUACAGUUUUCACUGUUAUGUAAGGCUUCUUCGAGAUUACAAACCAUUUAUUUCUGAUACUAGAAACAAUAUUGUCUAUGGCAUAUUCCACAGUUUGACUGACAAUCAUGACAAUAUUUGACGGCAUCGGCAAGACUUAGUGUUACUCUUCUACCUCUUUUUUCUAUGUAUGUUUCAAAUAGCUUUGUUGUAAUAUGCUUUGUUAGAAGAUUACAGUUUUUCAGUGAAUAUUGGUGCGCUGCCUUUGCUUGAUUGUUAAGCAGCUCUUUGCUCUUGUAUUGAUGCUCAUUUUUCAUGUCUGUCCCAAGUGUUGAGAUGCUUGUAGACUUCUAACUAUUAAAGGCAAAACCUGUGGAUGUGAUGUCACACGUCAGCACAGUGAAGUCUUCUAAUUGUGACCAAACAUUGUUUUACAUCAACUGAACAUGAAGUGAAACGUGUCGUGUGUUACGCUGAGUUUUACAAAAAUAUUCAUAAACAAAUAAUUAGCUACCAACUAUACAAUAAACGUUUGAAAGACAUUGAAUUGAAGCCAAAUGAGUUAAACUAUGGAUGGAAAAGAAAACAAUCAUGUCAGUUUUUUCUUUUAUUUAUUGAACUUGCUUUAUUCUUU